AAAUAAAUAUUGAAUGUGACGAAAACUUGAAGCGAAGAAGCAGGCACGGUUGUUCUCCAUCACAUUCAUUCACAUCAAGUCUGUGUUUCUCUUUGUCUGAAGGAGAGAAGAAGAUCCUUUUGGAUCGAACAGAUUGCGUUGUGAACGAAAUGGAUCAGAUUAUCAACAAGGUCGGAUCUUAUUGGUUCAAUCAGAAAGCCUCCAGCCAGCUCAAUUCUGUCGGCGAUGACAUCAAUUCAAUGUCAAACAGUAUUGAAGGGGGAACCAAAUGGUUGGUCAACAAAAUAAAAGGAAAGAUGCAAAAGCCAUUACCAGAGUUGCUAAAGGAGUAUGAUCUACCAAUAGGAAUCUUUCCGCGUGAUGCAACAAACUACGAAUUCACUGAAGAGACAGGGAAGCUCGUUGUUUACAUUCCUCAAGUAUGUGAAGUAGGCUACAAGGAUUCAUCAGUCCUGCGUUUCUUCACCACGGUGACCGGCUUUCUGGAGAAAGGAAAGCUAGCAGAGAUAGAAGGAAUCAAGACAAAAGUGUUGAUCUGGGUGAAAGUGACGACCAUUACAACGGAGGGAGCCAAGCUCCAUGUGACAGCUGGCAUGAGGAAACAAAGGAGUAGGGAAGCAUAUGAGGUUACUAGAGAUGGUAUAUGUGUAGAUAAGUUCUAAAACAAAACCCUUCUUCCAUCAUGUUUGUUAGUAGUUUUACAAUCUGUAAAACCCCUGUCUGUUCUUGUGGAUCAUUUUGAGUUUUUAAUCUCCUUUUGCAUGAUUGGUAAUUGUAAGUAGUGAUCAAAUAUUGCCCCUGGAUUCACUUGUUGAGAUUUGAUGAAGUGAAACAACCCUUUGGUACUUGUCUAUGAUGAAGUAGUUGCAUUUUU